AUGGCUGGACUGGCAUUCGUCAUCAUCAGCUGGGUGUUGGUUACCGUAGCAUCUUUAAGUGAAGCUAAAAAGGCCAAGGAUUCUGUCAUCGUGCUCUCGAGGAACAGUGACAAAGUAAGCCUCAGUAAUGAAAGAAGAUGUCAUGUUGUGCAUCAGUCUUAGCAGUAUUGUAUAGCGAGAUCAUCUUUUUUGUGAUGUUUUAAAUCCUUGAAGAUAUAUAUCUCGCUUACCGUAAUUCUUACUUUACCGUAACCUUUCAGGAUUACCUCCCGUCCCUAUACGAGUACCCGUUCCUCGCUACCAACCUUGAUCACCGGCUUUACAAACAGACCGAUGCCGACUCCUUCCCCAUAAUGCAGGCUCCGGUCGCUCUCUCUAAUCCCAUCUGGAAUCUUAUCAGCCACGCCAGCCGAAUGUACAGUAAGAGUCGGCGUGCCACUGAGAAAUGA